CGGCGCUUCUGGAGGCCGCCCGCGCGCGCUACGAGAGCCUGCACAUCUCGGACGACGUGUUCGGCGAGUCGGGCGCUGACAGCGGCGGCAACCCCUUCUACAGCACCUCGGCCGCCUCGCGCUCCUCCUCGGCCGCCUCCUCGGACGACGAGCGCGAGCGCCCCGUGCCGCCCGAGUCCCCCGCGCCCGCCCUGCCGGAGCCCGAGGAGGACGAGGCCGGCGCGGGGUGGAGCGCCGCUCUGCGGGACCGCCCGCCGCCGCGCUUCGAGGACACUGGCGGUCCAACCCGAAAGAUGCCCCCCAGUGCCAGUGCCAUGGACUUCUUCCAGCUCUUUGUCCCCGACAAUGUCCUCAAGAACAUGGUGGUGCAGACCAAUAUGUAUGCCAGGAAGUUCCAGGAGCGCUUUGGCAGCGACGGUGCCUGGGCAGAGGUGACACUGUCCGAGAUGAAGGCCUUCCUGGGCUACGUAAUCUCCACCAGUGUUUCCCACUGUGAGUCGGUCCUCAGCAUCUGGAGCGGCGGCUUCUACAGCAACCGUAGCCUGGCACUGGUCAUGAGCCAGGCCCGCUUUGAGAAGAUCCUCAAGUACUUCCACGUGGUGGCCUUCCGCUCCAGCCAGUCCUCACAUGGGCUCUACAAGGUGCAGCCCUUCCUGGAUGCCCUGCAGGGCAGCUUCCAUGCCGCCUUCCGGCCUUCCCAGACCCAGGUGCUACAUGAACCCCUGAUCGAUGAGGACCCCGUGUUCAUUGCCACAUGCACGGAACGUGAGCUUCGGAAGAGGAAAAAGCGGAAAUUUAGCCUGUGGGUCCGGCAAUGCUCCUCCACUGGCUUUAUCGUCCAGAUUUACGUCCACUUGAAGGAAGGUGGGGGUCCUGAUGGGCUUGAUGCACUGAAGAGCAAGCCUCAGCUCCACAGCAUGGUGGCCAGGAGCCUGUGCCGAGAUGCGGCUGGCAAGAACUACAUCAUCUUCACAGGGCCCAGCAUCACCAGCCUGACACUGUUUGAAGAGUUUGAGAAGCAAGGGAUCUACUGCUGUGGUCUGCUCAGCCCCCGGAAGAGUGACUGUACAGGCCUCCCACCGUCCAUGCUGGCCAGCCCGGCCACCCCCCCUGCUCGUGGCCAGCACCAGAUCAAGACAAAGGGGAAUAUGUCCCUGAUCUGCUGGUACAACAAGGGCCACUUCCGCUUCCUGACCAAUGCCUAUUCUCCGGUGCAGCAAGGUGUCAUCAUUAAGAGGAGGAGCGGAGAGAUCCCCUGUCCCCUGGCUGUAGAGGCCUUUGCCGCCCACCUCAGCUACAUCUGCAGAUACGAUGACAAGUACAGCAAGUACUUCAUCUCUCACAAACCCAACAAGACCUGGCAGCAGGUGUUCUGGUUUGCCAUCAGCAUUGCCGUCAAUAAUGCCUACAUCCUAUACAAGAUGUCAGAUGCCUACCACAUGAGCAGGUACAGCCGGGCACAGUUCGGGGAGAGACUUGUCAGGGAGCUGCUGGGCCUAGAGGAUGUGUCUCCAGCUCCCUGAGGCCAAGCAGGCCCAGGCGUGGCAGGAGGAGGAGGAGGAGGGAGCCCGCCGUCACUGUCGCCUGCCACCAGAGACCGCGUGUGUGAAGACGUGUUCCUUCGCAAGUGCCCUGCCCAUCUUCAGACACCCGCAGAGCCUGUGGGCAGAGUGCAGGUGGCCAUAGGGAGGGCCAUGGCCACAGAAGGCGUCAGCGAUUGACGAGCCUGGCACGCUGAGAUCACCUGCCUUGCAGGAGGACACAUUCAAGGUCAUGCAGGAGCUCCCAGAGCUGAGGACAAACGAUGGCGCAGGUGUGUGGGGGAGGAGGGAGUUUUCCAGCAGUCGCUUCCUGCCAGCAGCUUAGCAGUCUCUUGGAAGAAGAAACACAACCGGUGCCAUUAAAACAUAGAGAUGGGAUGGCGAGCGUCCACUCCUGUCCUCUGUGGGGGUGGUAGGGGUGGCGGUGAGAGGGAGCCACCAGGACUGCAGUGAAGGGUGAUGGUGUUUUUUUAUUUUUAAAUAUAUCUUCAGGUUAUUUUCUUACUGUCGCUUAAGGUCUACUGUAACAGGGAGGUGACCCCUCUCCUGCCUGCACCCCUCACUGUCCCUUGCAUGACCACAGUCUGUGUCUGUGCUUGCCGCGGGUGAGAAGGGCCACUGGCUCCCAGGACACCAUGGUUGCAGGCAUGAGCUUCGUCACAGAUGUCAUUGUUGGCAAAGUUACUUGUUUUGAAAAACUAUGUAGCAUUGCUGAAACACACAGUGCUCUCCUGAGGACCCUCUGCUAAUAGUCCUGUCCGUGCAGUGACCCUGGCAGCCUCUGCUGCCCUGAGAGGUGCAGCUGGCCUUGGAAAGCCCCAGCCUGGGGCUGUGGUCACGUCCUGGCUUGGGUGGGAUUUGACCCCAGGUUGGGCAGGGGCAUCUCCCAAGACCUGGGCUCGUCCCAGCCCUCCUGAAGGUGGUUGAGGGGCCUGACUGUCCCACAGCAAGAGCAAGGGGCUUCUGAAUUAUCUGGUCUCCUUCCAGCCCUGUUUACGUAACCACCUCAUUUCUACAAAUGCAGAAUCUAUUCUACUCAGGCUUGGGACGUUUCUCCUUGUUCACGCGUGGUUCCCCCAGCGGUGCCGGCAGCAUGCUCCCACCUCCCGCCACACCCCAUCUGGUCACGUGACUGCCCCCACGCUGUGGUUUGAAUUUGAUGCCACGGAUUGUAGGCCAAAUUUUAGAUUGUGUUUCAAAACACCCUUGCCGUGCCCUUUAAUUGGAUUGAAAGCACUUUUACCACAUGGAGAAAUAUAUUUUUAAUUUGUGAUGCUUUUCUACGAGGUCCACUAUUUCUGAGUUCAUGUGUUUCCGAUACUUAGGGAGACUAAUAAAAGCCGAUGAAUUUUCUUUUCUGUCCAAAUAAGUAAAAUAAAAAUAAAAGUCUAUUUA